UAUACAUAUAAGAUGGGUAACGUGUGUUGCUGUGUCCAAGUUGAGGAACGUACAGUAGGUUUUACGAAGAGGUUUGGAAGGUUUGACAGAACUCUUGAACCUGGCUGUCAUUUUGUUCCAUGGAUUUGUGGGUAUCAGCUCGCCGGGAAGCUGUCACUCCAAUGGCAGAGCUUGCUUGUGAAAUGCAGAACAAAGACCAAGGACAAUGAUUUUGUCAAUGUUGUUGCACAUGUGCAAUACCGAGUCCAUCAAGAAAGACAAUAUGAGGCCUUUUACAUGCAGAGUAAUCCAAGACGUCAGAUCCAGGGAUAUGUGCUCAAGGUGAUCGGAGCUAUGGUUGCGGUGCGAAACAUGGACGAAGUUUCUGGGCAGAGGGAUGAAAUUGCCAAAGCUAUUAUGGAAGAAAUGAAAGAGGCUGUGGGUCUCAAUGGAUAUGAGAUUCUGCAAGUCCAAAUCUGGGAUGUAAGUUUGGAUAAGGGACUUGAGCAAGCUAUGAUUGAAGCCAAGAAUGCGAAGAGGAAGGCUGAAGUGGAGAUACACGAUGGUCAAGAAGCGUCCACGUCCGCUGCUAUGUAGUAGAUACA